AUGGACUACUUGUUGGAUCGGUAUUUGUUCGAUAACUUGCCUUUCACAGUCUCGCCUGAAACUAGGAAAGGUAUAGGUCAGAAAGCUGUCACCAUGGUCCAGUGGGCGGAUUGGUUUUGCAAAUACAAAAGUCCCGUAGAAUUGAUCCAGAAUAACCCGUACUUUUUCGCUGCUGAGCUCGUCUUUGGAUUUUUAUGUAUGCUCACAUUUGCUCAUGCCUAUCGUCAUGGCGGUCGGUAUCUAUACACAUGGAUUGCCGUAACUGUACAUGCGUUUGUCAUCGAAACACUAGUAUCUCUGUACCAGAAUUGA